CGGAAGUUGAAGUGCGGGCUCGCUAGGCCUGCCCUUGUAUGCAAGCACUGGUCCGAAGCCAUCAGACCUAUUCUCUUCCAGGAACUCGAGUUGCGCGACGCCGAAGACGUACGGUUCCUCAAGAACAUUGUCAGCAGCCCUGGAUUUGCAGCUUCAUGUCUGUACGGGUCCAUCAAGCGGAUAUAUAUCCGUCAAGAAGCUACGGGAGCGAAGCCCUGGCUUCACCAUGUCCAUGGACUUUCAGCCCGACUCCAGAAUACAACAUUCGACUGUGUCGUCGAGAACCACGCAGGUGAUGCUGCAUCAGCAGCUGGCCGUUGGGCCCCAUUCGAGUCGAUACCCACCGUCACUCUAUCCUAUGUCCGACUUUCCGUUCUCGUUCUUCAAGGUGUUGUAUUCACGAGCAAGACCGAGCUCGUACGGCUCGUCCACAAUUGCCCCACGCUCUCCUACUGCUCUUGCGAGCAACUUACCUUCCUUGACCCGUCGCUGGCCGUCCGCCCACGCAGACUUCGCCGACGUUCUCCACCGGCCCACCACGACUUCCGAUGUACGGUAGACGGCUGUAAGGAUAUGGUGGGUCCCAGUCAAGCGGCGCUUGCCGCAGACAUCGUGGACCCUGCCCGCCGCAUAGGCCUUGACAACAGCACAUGGGACACGCCCCUCCAAGGACUGCUUGCGCUGGCACCACACGGACCCGGAAAGGCGACUGGGAAUCUGUACUGCCGUAACCCUGGUAAAUGUUUCUAA